AUGAAUGUAGGUUAUCGAUUCACGUAAUAAUCGAUAAAGGUAAAGCGAGUGCGGUAAAUUGUCGCUUUCUAAAUUAUCAGUCCGAAGGAAGACAUUUUUUAGGGAUAUUUGCACAAAUUAAGAAAGAAAGAAAGAAAUGUAAAAAAGAAAGAAAAUUAAGAAGGAAAUACAUGACACCCAGACUGGAAAAUUGUGAGUUUGAAUGGAAAAUGCAUUGCGACGAUAACAAUAAUGUGGUGAGUUGCGCUGACAGCAAAUCCAAGUGGCAAAUAACCGUAAUUUCCAAAAAUUAUACGAUCAAAAAGCAUUUCGAAGACUGGCAGAUUUCUCCGAAAAGCGACGCGGGGAAAGAUUCGCGAUUAACUGAAACAACUCCGAAAUUAAAAAUUGAUUUACAACGCGCAUUCGAGAAAAGAGCAACCGUAAACGCCGAGGUCUGUUGCAAUCGCGAAGAUCUAGAUGAAUUGUUGGAAGCGGAGAAGAACGAAGCCGAUCAUAACGGGAAUAUAGUAUUGAAGAAAUACUUGGAGCUGACAACAGAUGUGGAGGUCAGGACUAGUUUUCUACUGAGGAUCCUGAUGAAAGCCGUAAAUGAGCACAAAUGUUACGUAAUUCACGGUGUGUUUCCGGCUCUGAAGAAACCGUUGGCGAACCGAGGCUGGAUCGAGAAAAGAGCGAUCAGGAAAAUGAUUCUGAUUCCCGAUAUAUACACAGACAGCUCGGAACAAAUUGAGAAAUUGCUACGCACUCCCGCUGACUUUAUAUGGUACACAAAUAGGAGAUUGGCUGUUAUCAGAGCAGGCGAGAGAACGAUCGUGAAUAAAUUUGCUGGUAGUUACUUCACGUCUAAGGUCGACAUGUGUAACAAUCUGGAGAACGCGUAUUGGUUUUACGAGGAUGGCGUGUCUUGCAUACAUUUUCCACGUUGUUACAAUAUCUAUCAGCCGGCACAAGUGGAGGAGUUUGUGCAAGAUUAUUACAUCACCGCGUGUAUGGGAAUUCUAAAGUGGUUCUUGUUGUUCGCAACCUUGGUAGGAACAACGAACAUUUGCUCCCCGAAUGGAACUAUCCCUGUGAGCGCGAUUUCAUUCGCCUUAGAUCGCUGUGCGGAAUAUAUAAGGUUGCAUACUACAUCUCGAAAGACAAAAUACACUGUAAAUACACUGUAUAAAAUAUUUUCUCACAGCGUUCAAAUGCAUGAAGACAUAGAUCACAAGGAACGUGAGCACGUGUCUCUCGCUACUUGGCAUCAAUUUUUAGAUUGGUUCGACAAAAUAAUAAAUAAGCGCGCUUUGUUGGAAAAAAGCGAUGAAAUCGAUACGAAUGAGCUCGUAAGAUUGGCACACCAUGUGAUGAUAACAAUAACAAAAUAUCGAGCACAAAGUAGGAUCGAUGGCGUGCGCAAUAUCUGGAUCUUAAAACCGGGUGACAACAGUUUGGGACGCGGGAUCAUAUUGAAGAACUCUCUAGUCGAUAUACUUGCAAAAAUAAAUCAAGCGACGAAAGAAAGCACUCAAUACGUCAUACAAAAGUAUAUAGAGCGACCGUUGCUCGUUCACAAGACGAAGAUAGAUAUCAGGCAAUGGUUCCUGAUAACGAACAUGCAACCUCUCAUCGUGUGGAUGUACAAGUACGGUAUUUUCAAUCCAGUCAACGUGGUGUUUGCGCUCUUCUCAAGGAUUUGCGGUAAUUACGUUUUUUUUUUUUCAACCAGGGACAUCUUGAUACGAUUCGCGUCGAAAGAUUUCACUCUCAGCAAUUUUCACGAGUCCAUUCACUUGUGCAAUACGACCGUGCAGCUGAAGUACCGGAAAUUACCGAGACGCAAUCCCGACAUACCCAAGGAGCUUCAUUGGAAUCUUCAAGACUUCAAAGAUUAUCUUCAGUGCUUGUUUCUCGAAUUUUUUUUUUCGCGUGCUGUUGUAAGCCGUACAAUUGAUCGAUCAAUUUGUUGUUGGUUUAGAUCGCGUGAUCAAGAGCUGGCUUGGGAGAAAACUAUCGAGCCGGGAAUAAAGCAAAAUUUGAUAGGUACGCUUCUAGCGUCUCAAGAUAACAUGAUGAAUCGUAAGAAUAGUUUCCAGCUGUACGGCGCUGAUUUCGUAGUGGCCGAUGACUUCUCGGUUUGGCUACUGGAGAUAAAUACAAAUCCGCGAUUGCAUCCGCCGAGCAGCCAGGUCACCGCGAAACUUUACCCGGAAGUGAUAGAGGAUGCGAUGAAAGUGGUUCUAGAUUGCCGUAAAGAUAAAACAGCACUUCAAGGACGAUUCGAGCGUAUUUACAAGCAACGUAAUCCGCUCUGUAGUGUUAACGUCUUGGGACAAGGCACGAGUCUCGGUAUUCGCGGGAAGGGUUUAUUCGCGGCGCCGAAAUCACCGCCGAGAUCGUCGUUUUAAAAUGGCUGCAUGAGAUAUCGUCGCCGGAAGUCGCGUCUCCGAAAUCUCAUUUCGCAAAGAAUCGCUUCAAUUUCAGUCUGGGUCAUCCGUACAAUCAUGAUGAGAGCAAUUUCAUAUUAGCAUACAUACGAUAUGUCAUGGCAGUUUAGGAGAGGAUCUACCGGAAAGAAAUUCAAUGUUCGGUAAAUACGAAACGGCGAUCAUUGUUUUUCAAGCGGAAGCGGUUUCUGUUCAACACGCACAUCAUCGUGAUCUCCUCGACGCUAUGGA